AUGGACAGCAUACGGACAUCCAUGAAGGCUGAAGCCGAGUCUCUCAAAAAUAUGGUGGACACAGUGCUCUCAGAAAAUAUGGAAGAAUUAUACCAAAUAGAGAAGUCAUUACUGGAGAAAUUAAAGAGCCAAGAGAAGACAUUAGAUGAUUACAUUGCCUAUCUCAGUGACCUUGUUAAAGAGUUCCAGAAUAGAAAGGCAGAACUAAGAAGAAUAAAGCCAAUGGUAAUUCCUCCUAUUGUUACAUCAAUGAAAUCUACAAGUGAACAGACAAAACAAGAUAAACACGUGAAAUCUGACAAGAAACAAACAAUGUCUCUAUCUGCCUCUGUCACCAAGGUCAGGGAGUUCUAUGUACAAGGUGUUGAUGAUGUAUACCAUGUAUCACUAGAUCAAUCAGACAGACUCUGGAUCAGUGACAGGUAUGGUAAUCUUGUCCAAACAGAUCUACAGGGGAAUGUGAUACAGAAAAUUAAAACCAGCGGUAAAGAUGAAGGUUACCACUCAGUGACACAGGACAGGGAUCUGAUCUUUACAGACCAACACAAGAAAGUCAUCAAUAGGAUAACAAAGGAUAAUACCAUCACUGAAUUCAUUAAAACUGAAGACUGGACACCACUCAGCAUACAUUCCUCCCACAUCAAUGGGGACUUACUGGUGGGAAUGUUUAAAGACGAGGUUAGGGGAUUGAUUUGGAUGAAAGAUUCAGAGGCUAAGGUCACCAGGUACAACAAGACAGGAAAAGAACUCCAGAACAUACAGAGGGAUAACAAAGGACAGAAACUGUAUGGUAUACUACACUACAUCACAGAAAACAUCAAUGGAGAUAUCUGUACAUCAGACUAUGAUAAAGGAGUAGUGGUGGUGAAUAAAUCAGGACAACACAGGUUCUCCUACACAGGUCAAAAGUCAGGGUUCAGUCCCUAUGGAAUCUGUACUGAUGUCCUCGGUCACAUCCUGGUGUGUGAUGUUAUCAGUAAAACUGUUCACCUCCUUGAUCAGAACGGUCAUUUCUUGUCUCUAUCACACACCAACAAGGGGUUUACUUUCCCCGUAGUGUGUGUUUGGAUGAUGAGAACAAUCUCUAUGUAG